UAUGGAUUCCAAUAUUACUUUAUGGCAAUUUUUGUUUGAAUUGCUGAGGAAUGGAACGCAUAAAGAUUUAAUACAGUGGGUAAAUAACGAUGGAGAGUUUAAGCUUGUGGAUGCAGAGAAGGUAGCAAAAUUAUGGGGUAUGCGAAAGAAUAAGGUUAAUAUGAAUUAUGACAAGCUUUCCAGGGCUCUACGUUAUUAUUAUGACAAGAAUAUUAUUAAAAAAGUUAUGGGUCAAAAAUUUGUAUAUAAAUUUGUGAAAUAUCACGAACUUAUGGAAAGUGAAAAAAUUCGACAAAAACCUAUUCCAGAAGCUGCUCCAUCUACGGGAGAAGUAGCAAAUGAUUUUCGAAUGAGCCAUUUAUUAUCGACAGAGCCGAAAAAGAAUAACAUUAUUCAGCCCCAACUGAACUCAAUGAGAGAUCAAUUUCGACUUAUGGGUGGUACUGGUCAUUUAAUUCAAAUGACAAAUGUGUUGAGUCCCUUGUUAUGUCCUCCUAGGAGCUUAACGCCCGAUCCUGAGAAACGGCGAAGUCUUACACCACAACCACCGAGAGCCUCAAGUGUAACACCCAGCGCUUCCGUUAAACAGGAAGAAGUAAAAAAGGAGGUUGAUAUUAGAGACUCAAACACUUCAUCUAUAAACCAGAGGAGGAACUCUAAGAACAAACCACCUUCCAUUCAUAUAUAUCCAAAUGCAGUACCUCCCGAGAUGAAGUUAUCUUCAACACCAGGACGUAUAGAAAAAACUCCGGGCCAUUCACCCAGAGUGAGUUUGGGAACUCCUUUAUAUCCAGUGAAUUUUUGGACUGACUUAGCCAGCCCAAGAAGCGGUAGUGUGCCCCAUUUGGGUCCAAGUUUUUGUUUUCCUUCAACGAGUAAUAGAGGUACACCUACAAUGCCUGUAACGUUUGCUUGGAGCGAAUUCGAAGGUUUGAAGACGCCUACUGUUGUCACAUCGCCAUUAAAAUAA